AUGGACGCCUUCAAGAUUCCGGAGUCGUUCACCGAGGACGACGACCAGCGCUUCCUCAAUGACACCGACCUCCAACCUGCCCUUGACUUCGUCUUCUACACCAGCAAGAUUCUGAAGGAGAACGAGGGGUUUCUCGGCCACGACUGGGCCGCAAUCAUGGACGAUCGCGCGAACGGACGAGAGAAUGCGCCUCCCCCCGGAGGCGCCAACGAAGCGACGAUGGACGCAGUCCUCGCCAGCGCGUACAGACUCGCCGGGAGACCGGACGGCAUGAUCCAGCGCACUGUCACGCACAUGCGUGAGGUCGUCAAGCAGCUCAAGGUGGAGCUUGAGGACUUUGCCACCUACGCUUCCCCGCCCACGGACCCCGAGAGCAUGGAGACAUACGACAAGGUGAUUGCGCAUUCGUACCAGGUCGACCGUUCCGUUAUGACGGCCGAGACGAUGAUCGCGGACUUGGAGGAUGCGGAGCGCGAGCUCGGUCGUCUACUCGCUUUCUGA